ACCAGCUGCCGGUGGGACAGACAGUCACAUGUCUCCAGUGCUGCUGACCAGGCUCGUAAUAAGGGGUGAUCAGACGGUGAUAUUUGCCUUGAAGUAACUUGAUUUCAACUUUGAUUUUUCAGGAGAACAUUAAGUUGGAUAAAAAGGGGGGCGAUAAUGCACCACGGCAGCGGCCCUCCGAAUGUCCAGCACCAGCUGCAGAGGUCCCGGGCCUUCCCCAGCAGCGAAGAAGAGCAGCAGGCCCACCCAAACCCACCCCCAUCCCCCGCCACGCCUUUCGCACCCUCGGCCAGCCCAUCCGCACCCCAGUCGCCCGGGUACCAGGUUCAGCAGCUCAUGAGCAGGAGUCCCGUGGCCGGGCCGAACGUGAACCUCGCCCUGCAGAACGUGGGGCCAGUGGUGGCAGGAAACCCCCCGCUCACGCUGGCCCCGCUGCCACUCCCCAGCCCCACCUCUCCGGGCUUCCAGUUCAGUGCCCAGCCGAGGCGCUUUGAGCACGGAUCGCCGUCCUACAUCCAGGUCACCUCACCACUGUCCCAGCAGGUGCAGACCCAGAGCCCCACCCAGCCCAGCCCUGGGCCGGGGCCAGGCUUACAGAAUGUGCGGGCAGGCGCACCCGGGCCUGGCCUGGGCCUGUGCAGCAGCAGCCCCACCGGGGGCUUCGUGGAUGCCAGUGUGCUGGUGAGGCAGAUCAGCUUGAGCCCGUCCACGGGUGGGCACUUCGUGUUCCAGGAGGGCUCGGGCCUCGCCCAGAUGGCCCAGGGAGCCCCAGUCCCGCUGCAGCACACAGGGACUCCCAUUGCAAUGCGAGAACGGAGACUGUCCCAGCCCCACGGGCAGCCGGGGGGGACUGUGCACCACCUGGGACCCCAGAGCCCCGCGGCCUCGGGCGGAGCUGGCCUGCCGCCCUUGGCCAGCCCCGGCCACAUCACCACCGCCAGCCUGCCGCCCCAGAUCAGCAGCAUCAUCCAGGGGCAGCUGGUCCAGCAGCAGCAGCAGCAGCAGCAGCAGCAGGUGCUGCAGGGGCCACCAUUGACCCGGCCUCUGCUGCCCGGGGUUGGGGGGGCUUCGGCGUUCGGGAUGACAUCCCCGCCGCCCCCCAGCAGCCCUUCCAGAACCUCGGUGCCCCCGGGCCUCUCCAGCCUUCCCCUCUCGUGCUCGGGGAGCAGGAAGACACCCAAGAAGCUGGAGGAGAUCCCCCCAGCCUCCCCAGAGCUGGCCCAGAUGCGGAAGCAAUGCCUGGACUCUCACCUCCGGGAGAUGGAGGCUUUGAGGGAGGCCUUCAAGGAGUACCUGAUUGAGCUGUUCUUCCUGCAACACCUGCAAGGGAACAUGAUGGAUUUCCUGGCUUUCAAGAAGAAGCACUACGCCCCGUUACAAGCUUAUCUUAGGCAGAACGAUCUGGACCUGGAGGAGGAGGAGGAAGAGGAAGAGGAGGAGGAAGAAAAGUCUGAGGUUAUCAAUGAUGAGCAGCAAGCCCUCGCAGGGACCCUGGUGGCAGGGGCUGGCAGUACGAUAGAGACGGACCCCUUUAAGAGGCAGCAGGCGGGACCCCCGGCAGAGCAGUCUAAGCGACCUCGGCUUGAAGUGGGUCACCAAGGGGUAGUUUUCCAGCACCCAGGGGUGAAUACAGGAGUUCCUCUCCAGCAGUUAAUGCCGACAGUUCAAGGAGGGAUGCCUCCCGCCCCUCAGGCCGCCCAACUGGCCGGACAGAAGCAAAGCCAGCAGCAGUAUGACCCGUCCACGGGGCCUCCGGUGCAGAAUGCCGCCAGCCUGCACACACCUCCACCGCCGCUGCCCGGCAGGCUGCCCCCGGCCGGCCUCCCCACCGCACCCCUGCCACCCACGCUGCAGUACCCGCCACAGCCGCCGAUGGGGGAGCCGCCGACACAGCUGCACGUGGCCACAAAGGCCCAGCAGCCCAACCCCCCGGUCCCCGUGCCCCCUGCCAGCCAGCUCCCUGUGCCCCCGCAGGCCACACAGCCGGCCCUGCUCGCCCCAGUGCCCGGGAAGGCGCAGAUGCAGGCCCCUCCGCCGCCGUCCCAGCCGCAGACGGUGGCCUCCGCGAGACCACCCACAGACCCCGCCCAGCCCAGUCCUCGGCCCCCGCCCCCCUCCUCCACCUCGUCCAUCGCUCCCGGCAGUGGCUCCGGCCCGGGGGCCUCGCCAGCACGGGCCUCCCCGGUGAACAGACCCUCCUCAGCAGCCAGCAAGUCUCUGUCUCCAGUCACCUCCCGGUCCCCAGGGGCAGCUGUGUCAGCCCCCCCAAAACCACAGAGCCCAGCUCAGAACGCGGCUGCACCCCAAGACGGUUCUCAGGACAAGCUGGCAGAGCAGAUGGCACUGGAAAACCAGAUCCAUCAGCGGAUAGCCGAGCUGAGGAAGGAAGGCCUGUGGUCCCUGAGGCGGCUGCCCAAGCUGCAGGAGGCCCCGCGCCCCCGUGCACACUGGGACUACCUGCUGGAGGAGAUGCAGUGGAUGGCCACCGACUUCGCCCAGGAGCGGCGGUGGAAGGUGGCUGCUGCCAAGAAGCUCGUCAGGACGGUGGUGCGUCAUCACGAGGAGAAGAAGCUGCGAGAGGAAAGGGGCCGGAGAGAGGAGCAGAGCCGGCUCAGGCGCAUCGCCGCCUCGGCUGCCAGGGAGAUAGAGUAUUUCUGGUCCAAUAUCGAACAGGUUGUGGAAAUCAAACUACAAGUCGAAUUAGCGGAGAAGAGGAAGAAGGCCUUGCAUUUACAGAAAGUUUCCAGGAAAGGAAAGGAGCCGAGACCCAAGGGCCCCGAGGUGCUGCUGGAAAGUGUUCUGGACCCGGGAGCAGCUGGCAGGAAACGGAAAGCGAGCACGACCCUCACUGAUGACGAAGUGGAAGACGAGGAGACGAUUGCAGAGGAGGAGGCGAACGAAGGGGCCGUGGACCACCAGUCAGAGCUGUCUAACCUCGCCAAGGAAGCUGAGCUGCCCCUCAUCGACCUGAUGAAGCUGUAUGAAGGGGCCUUUCUGCCGAGCUUCCAGUGGCCCCAGCCUCAGCCCGGCGGCGAGGAGACGAGUGAGGAAGAAGAGGUGGAAGACGGCCCCGGCGACCAGGAGGGCCGCAGGGACGUGGUGCUCAUAGACUCGCUGUUCAUCAUGGACCAGUUCAAAGCCGCCGAGAGAAUGGGUGUCGGGAAGCCUCACACAAAGGACAUCGCGGAAGUGACCGCCAUGGCUGAAGCCAUCCUGCCCAAGGGCAGCGCUCGAUUCAGCACCACGGUGAAGCUGACUGCCCCGCCCCUGCUGCACGGCACGCUCAGGGAGUACCAGGCGAUCGGCCUGGACUGGCUGGCCAAGCUCUACCGGAAGAACCUCAAUGGCAUCCUGGCGGACGAUGCCGGGCUGGGGAAGACCGUGCAGAUCAUCGCCUUCUUUGCCCACCUCGCCUGCAACGAAGGCAACUGGGGCCCUCACCUGGUCGUCGUGAGGAGCUAUAACAUCCUCAAGUGGGAGCUCGAGCUGAAGCGCUGGUGUCCUGGGCUCAAGACCCUCGUAUAUGUUGGCAGCCACCGAGAACUCAAAGCAAAGAGACAGGGAUGGACCGAGCCCAACAGCUUCCACGUCUGCAUCACGUCCUACAAGCAGUUCUUCCGGGGCUACGCGGCCUUCACGCGGGUGCGCUGGCGGUGCCUGGUCAUCCACGAGAUGCAGCGCGGUCAAGGCCUGAGCGAGCGGCACUGGGAGGCGGUGUUCACCCUGCAGAGCCAGCAGCGCCUGCUCCUGAUCGACGCGCCGCUGCACAACACCUUCCUGGAGCUGUGGACCAUGGUGCACUUCCUCAUCCCGGGCCUCUCGCGGCCCUACCUGCACGUCCCCCUGCAGGCCCCCACCGAGGAGAACCAGGACUACUACCACAAGGUGUUCAUCCGCCUGCACAGAGUGACCCAGCCGUUCAUUCUGAGGAGAACCAAGAGGGACACGGAGAAGCAGCUGACCAAGCGGUAUGAGCACGUGUUGAAGUGUCGCCUGUCCAGUCGACAGAAAGCCUUGUACGAGGACGUCAUCCUGCAGCCUGGGACCCAGGAGGUGCUGAAGGGCGGGCACUUUGUGGACGUGCUGAGCAUCCUGCUGAGGCUGCAGCACAUCUGUAACCACCCGGGGCUGGUGGAGCCCCGGCUCCCGCGGUCCUCGUUUUCGGCCCGGCCGCUGCAGCUCCGCUUGGCCUCCCUCGUGCUGAAGGCGCUCGACAGGGAUGCCUGGACGGAAACGGAUCUUUCUAUAUUUGACCUUAUUGGCUUAGAAAAUAAAAUGACUCGCCACGAGGCUGAGCUGCUGUGCAAGAAGAGGGUGUCACGGAAACUCAUGGAGGAGCUCUUCACCGCCCCGCCCCCGCCCGGCCGGCCCCCCGCGGUCCGACUGAAGCCCAGCAGGUUGUUCCAGCCUGUGCAGUACGGCCAGAAGCCCGAGGGCCGCACGGUGGCUUUCCCCAGCACACACCCGCCCCGGACGGCCACCUCCACGGCGGCCACGGCCACGCCCCAGGGCCACGUGCGAGGACGGCCGCCCAUCGCCACGUUCUCUGCUAACCCGGAUGCCAAAGCGGCAGCGGCCCCCCAGGCUCCCACCGGUGCUCCGAGACCCCAGGCCGCCUCGACCUGCAGCACAGCUCCUAGCCCAGCCCAUCCUGCGAAACUGCGGGCUCAGACCGCGCCCCAGGCCUCCGCCCUGGGCCCAUCCCAGCCCCAGCCCCAGGCCCCCUCGCACCCGGCCGGGCAGAGCACGCUGCCUCAGGGGCUGCUGCUCACCUCCCAGGCCCAGGCGCGCCUGCCUAGCGGGGAGGUGGUCAAAAUAGCACAGCUGGCGUCACUCGCAGGACCGCCCAGUCGCGUGGCCCAGCCAGAGACCCCGGUGACGCUGCAGUUCCAAGGGAACAAGUUCACCUUGUCUCACAGCCAGCUGCGGCAGCUCACCGCCGGCCAGCCCCUGCAGCUGCAAGGCAGCGUCCUUCAGAUUGUGUCCGCCCCCGGGCAGUCCUACCUGCGACCGCCAGGCCCCAUGGUGAUGCAGACCGUGUCUCAGGCGGGUGCCCUGAGCGCCCUGGGAAGCAAGCCCCCGACCAGCGGCCCCGGCCCCGCUCCCGUGGCCCCACCAGUUGGUGUGCCUGGUCGAGUGGCGGUCAACCCCCUGACUGUGGGCGAACCCGGCAUGGCCCCCAAACCAGCGUCUCCCAUCGGGGGGCCCACCCAGGAGGACAAGGCCCGGCUUCUGAGAGAGCGGCUGGACCAGGUCCACUCUGUCAAUGAGCGGCGCUGCUCCCGCGCCCCCAUCUACGGGGCAGACCUGCUGGCGGCUUGUUCCCUGGCCUGUGGAGAACGGGGCUCGGGGCUCGGAGCUCUGGGGAGCAGGCAUGGGAAGGGGGCCAGGCCAGCGAGUGUCUGCACGUCACCUUCAAACCGUCACAGGGACCUGAUUUUGACGCUGACUCAACGUCAAGAGUCCCUCCAAGAUCUUAUCGACAGGGUGGCCUGUGUGAUCCCGCCAGUGGUGGCCUCACCCCCGUCCUUGUGGGUGCCGCGGCCGCCCUCCCUCUACAGCCACAGGAUGAGGAUCUUCAGGCACCGCCUGCAGGAGCACACGGCGCCCUACGCCCGGCAGCUGCAGCGGGUGACCGCCCCGCGCUCGCUGCAGUUCCCCGAGCUGAGGCUGGUCCAGCUGGACUCAGGAAAGCUGGAGGCCCUGGCGAUGCUGCUGAAGAAGCUGAGAUUAGAACGACGCCGGGUGCUGAUCAUGUCACAGAUGGUCCUCAUGCUGGACAUCUUGGAGAUGUUCCUGAACUUCCACUUCGUCACCUACAUCCGCAUCGACGAGAACGCCAACAACGAGCAGCAGCAGGAGCUGGUGAAGAGCUUCAACAGAGACAGGCGCAUCUUCUGUGUCAUCCUCUCCACGCGCAGCCGCUCGUCAGGGGUGAGCCUGGUGGAGCCCGACGCCGUGGUGUUCUACGACCACGACCUGAACCCGGUGCUGGACGCCCAGGCCCAGAACUGGUGCGACAGGAUCGGGAGGCGCAAGGACGUGCAUGUGUACAGGCUUGUGAGUGCCAAUUCCAUUGAAGAGAAACUUUUGAAGAAUGGAACCAAGGAUCUGAUCCGAGAAGUGGCUGCUCAGGGAAACGACUACUCCAUGGCGUUCCUGACGCAGCGCACCAUCCAGGAGCUGUUUGAGGUGAGCGUUCCCGUGGAGGAGCCGGUCUUCCUCGUGACGGCCGAGGAGUUUGUGGUCCUUCCCCAGGAGCCGACCGUCACGGAGACCAUCGCGCCCAAGAUCGCAGGGCCUUUCAUCGAGGCCCUGAAGAGCAUCGAGUGCCUGGAGGGAGACGCACAGGAGCCCGCAGGGGAGGCCGUGCCUGGGUCACCGGACCCUGACGGCCUGCGGGACCAGGAGCCCUCGCAGCUGGAGGAGUUGGCCGACUUCAUGGAACAGCUCACCCCAAUUGAAAAAUAUGCUUUGAAUUACCUGGAACUAUUCCAUUCUUCCAUCGAUCAUGAAAAAGAGAGGAACGGUGAGGACGCCGUGCUGACUGCAGUGAGCGCCUGGGAGGCCCAGAACCUGCGGGCGCUGCAGGAGCAGGAGGCCCGGGCGCUGCAGGAGCAGGAGCAGGAGCAGCUGCUCACCUACACCCGGGAGGACGCCUACAACGCGGAAUACAUCUACGAAGGAGCGGACGGGCAGACCGAAGUCAUGCCGCUCUGGACCCCACCCACGCCGCCCCAAGACGACAACGACAUCUACAUCGACUCGGUCAUGUGUCUCAUGUACGAGACCACGCCCAUCCCCGAGUCCAAGCUGCCCCCGGUGUACGUGAGGAAGGAGCGCCGGCGGCACCGGACGGACCCCUCAGCUGCAGGCAGGAAGAAGAAGCAGCGGCACGGGGAGGCGGUCGUGCCCCCGCGGUCGCUCUUCGACCGUGCCACGCCGGGCCUGCUGAAGAUGCGGCGGGAGGGGAAGGAGCAGAAGAAGAACCUCCUGCUGAAGCAGCAGACGCAGUUCGCCAAGCCUCUGCCCACCUUCGCCAAGCCCGCUGCCGAGUCGGGUCCCGACAACCCCGAGUGGCUCAUCAGCGAGGACUGGGCGCUGCUGCAGGCCGUGAAGCAGCUGCUGGAGCUGCCUCUGAACCUCACCAUCGUGUCCCCGGCCCACACGCCCAACUGGGACCUCGUCAGCGACGUCGUCAACUCCUGCAGCCGCAUCUACCGCUCCUCCAAGCAGUGCCGCAGCCGCUAUGAGAGCGUGCUCAUCCCCAGGGAGGAGGGCAAGAGCAAGAACAACCGUCCUCUGCGCACGGGCCAGAUUUACGCCCAGGACGAGAACGCCACGCACACCCAGCUGUACACGAGCCACUUCGACCUGAUGAAGAUGACCGCCGGCAAGAGGAGCCCCCCCAUCAAGCCCCUGCUUGGCAUGAACCCCUUCCAGAAAAACCCCAAGCACGCGUCCGUGCUGGCAGAAAGUGGCAUCAACUACGACAAGCCCCUGCCUCCUAUCCAGGUUGCAUCUCUCCGUGCCGAGCGAAUCGCCAAGGAGAAGAAGGCCUUGGCCGACCAGCAGAAGGCACAGCAGCCGCCUGUGACGCAGCCUCCUCCACCCCCGCCGCAGCCACAGCCCCCACCGCCCCAGCAGCCACCACCGCCUCUGCCCCAGCCCCCAGCGGCCGCCGGCAGCCAGCAGCCCUCGGGGCCGCCCGCCGUGCAGCCCCCUGCCCAGGCGCAGCCUCCAGCACAGCCUGUGCAGCCCCCACAGAAGGCGCCCCCUGCGAUCACUACGGUGGGCAGUGCCGCCGUGCUGGCCGGAGCCAUCAAGACCUCUGUGACGGGGACAAGCAUGCCAGCAGGCACAGUGAGCGGAAACGUGAUCGUGAACACCAUCGCGGGUGUCCCUGCUGCCACCUUCCAGUCCAUUAACAAGCGCCUGGCCUCGCCCGUGGCGCCUGGAGCCCUGACGAGCUCCGGAGGCUCGACGCCGGCCCAGGUGGUCCACACCCAGCCCCGAGCGGUGGGCUCCCCGGCCACGUCUGACCUGGUGUCCCUGGCGCCGACGCAGGGCGUUCGUGCGGUCACCUCCGUGACAGCCUCGGCCGUGGUCACCACCAGCCUGGCUGCCGUGCAGGCCCCAGCCCGGUCUUUGGUGACGCAGGUGUCCCAAGCCACAGGCGUGCAGCUCCCAGGGAAGACCCUCACGCCCGCACACUUCCAGCUCCUCCGGCAGCAGCAGCAGCAGCAGCAGCAGCAGCAGCAGCCGCCGCCGCCUCCACCGCCCUCCCAGGCGCAGGUCCCGCAGCUCCAGGGCCAGGCCCAGUCGCCCGCACAGAUCAAAGCUGUCAGCAAGCUGACCCCGGUGAGCACCUCCUGGGAAACCACGGGCCCACUUGGCCCCCCGCCGCCCACCGCACAGGUGCAGGUGCAGCCUCCACCGCCGGCACAGCAGCCGAGCCCCCAGCUCACCACCGUCACCGCCUGGGCCGGAGCCCUGCUCACGGGCACCACCGUGGCCAACCUCCAGGUGGCCCGGCUCACGCGGGUCCCCACGUCACAGCUGCAGGCGCAAGGCCAGAUGCAGGCACAGGCGCCCCCGCCGGCGCAGGUGGCCCUGGCGAAGCCUCCGGUGGUGUCCGUGCCCGCGGCCGUGGUCUCCUCGCCAGGCGUCACGACCCUGCCCAUGAACGUUGCUGGGAUCAGUGUGGCCAUCGGGCAGCCGCAGAAAGCCACAGGACAGACCGUGGUGGCCCAGCCCGUGCACGUGCAGCAGCUGCUGAAGCUCAAGCAGCAGGCUGUGCAGCAGCAGAAGGCCAUCCAGCCGCAGGCCGCCCCGGGCCCGGCCGCUGUCCAGCAGAAGAUCACCGCACAGCAGAUGGCUGCGCAGGGCCAGCCACAGAAGGUCACCUAUGCCACCCAGCCAGCCCUGAAAACCCAGUUUCUCACCACACCCAUCUCCCAGGCGCAGAAGCUGGCCGGGGCGCAGCAGGUGCAGACCCAGAUCCAGGUUGCCAAGCUCCCUCAGGUUGUGCAGCAGCAGAGCCCGGUGGCCGGCAUCCCACAGGUGGCCUCCGCCUCCCAGCAGGCUUCCCCGCAGACGGUGACGCUCACCCAGGCGGCGGCAGCGGGGCCGCAGGUCCAGGUGAUCCCCGCAGUGACCGCGGCCGCCCAGGCCGUCCAGCAGAAGCUCCUGCAGCAGCAGGUGGUGACCACGGCGGCGGCCCAGCUGCAGACCCCGGGCGUCCCCACCCCCACGCAGGUGCCGGCCAGCGCUGACAGCCCCAACCAGCAGCCCAAGCUACAAAUGCGCGUGCCUGCCGUCCGGUUAAAGACGCCCACCAAGCCCCCCUGCCCCUAGUCCGGAAAGCGGGCGCCGUCCUGUGGAACUGGGGGCCGUGUCCUGUGACGUCCAGCCCUGACGCUGCGGCGAGGGGAGCCGCCCAUGCAGUGCUCUCGGGCCGCAGCUUCUGUGCGACAGCAGGAGGCGCCUCGGCAGCUUCUCCGGGUCCUUCCACCUCCCAGCGCCUCCAGCGCCGCACAUCACGGGGCGACUCGGACCGUGAGUCGUAAACACGGUCUGGGCAGCACAGCGUCGGCCUCUGUGGUUCUUUAGACCCAACGCAAAGCGCAUCCUGGUCCUGGGAGGAGAGGCCACCUGAGGUCGGUCAGCUCAGAUCCGGGACGGCCAGGGUGGCUGCUUCCUUCUCUACGUGUGACUCUGGGACCUUCAAAGGAGCAUCUGGUCCCCGUGCCAUCGAAGCAGGUCCGCGUACCAGCUCUCGUGGAGGGACGACGCUGGGGUUGAACUUUCAUUCCAAAGAGCAGCCAGUGUGACUCGUUUCCAUGCAGGUGGCGCCUUCCGGCCGCUCCCCAUCCCCACGCACCUCCGUCCUUCCCAGCUGUCGGACUUGGCGCUGAGGCAGCUCCAGGAGCUGAGCCCUGGUCUCCAUUGGUCGGGCCCAGGCAGGUGUCACAGCCGCGUGGGGCUCAGGGAGAGGUGCCUGUCACCGCUCGCCCGGCUCAGGCCCAGCCCGGCCCGGCCUGUCUGCAGAGCUGGGCACCUGCUCACACAGUGGUCGCUGUGGCUCUUUCCGUAGAUGAGACCUCAGGUUUCUGGGCCAGGGCCUCCCCCACAAGCAGGCACGUGCCAUCGUGGUUGUGUGAGGGUGAACCCUGGCUGAGGGCAGAGGCCCCGUGUUUGCGCUUGCGUCUGUGUCUUCUCUGGCGAGAUGGCAGCAGCGGCUGCAGUGCUCGCCACGCACACUGCACUCCAAGGACGCCUCUCUGCUGGGGGCGUCCGACUCGGUCCCGGUCGGCUCUGUUAGGUCUGUGUGUGCGGAGAUGAGCUGCAGCGCCUGGGAGACGCGGGACCAUCUCUGCUCCCCUCCCCACUGAACCGCUCACUGGCAGGGGCGGCUUCUGUCCGGUGUUGGUUUCCCUCCGUUUGUGUGGACAGCAGGGCGGCGACACUUGGGGAGCCAGUGAGUGAAACUCUUGUGCGACAUUUGGAGGAAAGUAAAAAAUCAAGUGUUGAAAAGGGAAGGUAUUUAUUUAACAUUUCAGUGAGCUGAACGUAUGGAAACAGGACCGUCAGCCAGGCCUGUGGGUUGUGUUCGCUACCAGCCGGCAGGCAGGACGGCGCCGAGGGCUCUGCCUUGUCACUGGGAGACGGCCUGCUCUUCACCCUCAUCCUUGCGUGCAGGGUCACAGCACAGAGGUCGUGUUUUCGGCUUAUUUGUUGUGCAGUUUGCGUUCUCGUCCUCCCGAGGGUGCUGGCCGUCCCUCAGGGGCAAUGGUGACGCACUUCGGCUGCCUGGACAGAGCUGGGCAGGAGCUCCUGGGCAGAGCCAGCAGGGAAGGCGGCUGCCGGCCGGGUGGAGAGCAGCUGCUCUGCGGAGGGCCUCGCUCAGGUGCUUCCUUCAGCCACUCCGAGGCGAGAUGUGGGGCAGAAGAUUGUCCUGUUCUGCUGGGUUCGUCACAGCACAGGUCACCUGACCUCGUCAGUGGUCACGGAGGUAAAAACCCUCCUUCCAAAGUCCACACUGAAGAGUUAGAAUGGGUUUCGCAGGCCGUUCCGGGGCCUCCCCCAUCGUGCUGCCUGGGACCAGGCUUCUGCAGACACUAACGAGGGAGCUCUCGGAUGCAGACCCAGCAGGACUGACCACUCGAGCUGCCCCCCAGGGGCAGGCUUCCCUAGGAGACGGGUCCGACGGGAAGCAGGAGCUGGUCCGCGCGCAGAUGCGUUCCUUUUGCGACCGUUAGGGUUUUUUGUUAAGUGUUGUAACCAAAUAGUUGUUGUGUUUAGGAUUAAAAGACUGAGGAUGUAAAUACUUUGUAAACAAUCGUUUGUACUUGAACAGUAGGGUUUUGAAGAGCACUGAUCCCCCCCCCCCCAGGCAUAAUAAAAGUCUUUUUCAUA